GGGCGCGGGAGGGGCGGGCGGGACCGCCGCCGGCGCCUCAGGGAUGCGCGGCCGCCCGGCAGGUGGGACGCGGGCGGCGGUGCCGGGCCUCGGCGCCCUCCCCGUGCCGAGGCGGGCAGGUGAGCUCCGUGUUCUGCACGGCUGCGGCGCUUCCCCCGCCCCGGCCGGACCCCCGGCCCGGCGGCAGCGCGGUGGCACUUCCACCUCCCCUUUGGAGGGGCUGGCCGAGGUGGAUUGGGGUUUAUCAGCAGCGUCGGGUGAAAGUUGGGGUGACAGAUGAGCCUGUGGCGCUGCCUCAGCCGCUGGCGCCCGCUCCAUCGGCGCUGACUUGGGCUCACCUUGAGAUGCGGCCGCCGCUCAGGGUCUGGCGCGCUGCAGAUUCAGCCGUGUGGUGCUGGAGGUGACCAAAGGAGAGGAGCACACUGGCGGUGCGAUUUAAGGUGCUGUUGUCAGGACUGAUCGGGGUUGUUUCGUGGAAGAGGCCCCUGUCCCUUGUGAUCACCUUUUUCAUGCUGCUCUCUGCAGUGUGUGUGAUGCUGAACUUGGCCGGGUCCAUCCUCUCCUGUCAGAACGCUCAGCUGGUGAGGUCCCUGGAAGGGUGUCAGCUGAUUAAAUUUGACAGCGAUGGUGUCUGUGUUUGCUGUGAGAUGCAGCACCAAACAUCAGGCUGCAGUAACCUGGGAGAAACGCUGAAACUGAACCCUCUGCAGGAGUGCAACGCAGUGAGGCUGACCCUAAAGGACCUGUUGUUCAGUGUGUGCGCUCUCAAUAUCAUCUCCACCAUUGUCUGUGCUUUGGCAACAGCAAUGUGUUGCAUGCAGAUGGUUUCCUCUGAUCUCCUGCAAAUGUUUCUGCCCCAGAGGCCGCACUCUGCCAACCCUGACUGCAUGACUCCCCAUGGAACUGUCCUGCACCAGACCCUGGAUUUCGAUGAGUUCAUCCCCCCCAUGCCGCCCCCUCCCUACUACCCCCCGGAAUACACCUGCACCCCCGUGGGAGAGGCACAGAGAAGUCUCCAUUUGGACUUCCCUCAUUCCCCAUUUGGUGCUUUAUAUGAAGUAACCAUUAAUAGCCCAGGAAUGCUGUACCCAAGUGAGCUGCCCCCUCCUUACGAGGCAGUGAUUGGAGAGAUGCCUGCCAGUCAGGUCGCUGGUGCUGCUCAGCAAGUGUCUGAAUCGAGCCUGGGGGAGAGGAACGUGACCCCGGACUUCAGCACACAAGUUUCUGUUGAGAGCACCUCUUUGAUGGUGUCUGAGGCUGUUGAUAUCCCAGACCGUAGCUACUCCUCUGAAGAUCUUUGUUCGCUGGAAGUUCAAGGAUCUCUGCACUCUGCAGACCUUUCUCCCUACUGCGUAACCCCCAAGGGGGCUGCAGAGCAGAGCUGCAGUGCCCCGGACUGCCACACUCACUGCAGGUGUCACAGAACUCGCUCAGAAGGCUUUCCUGAUGAGGGUGACAGUUCCCACAGCCGAGCCUCUACAGACAGGUCUCAAGGACAGGAAAAGAGCUGUGCCCACAGCAGGUCCUUGGACUGUUCCUCAGGGAAUUACAGCCCCUCAGAAAGAGAACUGCAGAGUUCUGCUCAGGAGAGCAGCACCACGCCGCCUUUGAAGCAAAAGAAAACCUGCUGUGUGGACUUCAGCCAGCCUCCUGCCCCUUCCCUGACCUCUCCCUGUUUUGGGCCUGCAAAUACUUCCCCGUGUGCGAGUGGCCACGAGGCUGCUGGCCAGCAGCACCCAAAGCCCCCAGGCUCAAACAUCGUCCGAUCCAGCAGCGCCCCUGGGUCCUGUUCGGCUGCCUCUGAAGGUGAUAAUUGUGCCUGGACUCCUGUGUGCAGGCAGUGCCAAGAUGCAGGAUUAUCUCCAGCUACAGGAGAAACAGUUCCUGUCUCUGGUUCUCAUAUGGCUGCCUCUGCUUGCCAGCAUUCUUUGAGCAGUUUCCUACCAACUGGAAAACAGAGGGAUACAAGGAAAAUUGAUCUGCACCUAAAGCCAAAGGCUUUUCACACGGUCUCAAAAGAGCGGCCACACUCCUUAGUGGACCUUAAGACCUAUAAAGACACAAAAAUUUUGGUGGCAAAAUUUUUGGAACAUUCAAACUGUAAUCUCCCUCCAGAAGUGCGUCACGUAGUGAACAGCAUACGGUCAGUCAUUAAAUCUGAUGAGAGACACAUGGAAGAAGCCAUCUUCAGUGCCAAUAUCAUAGACCAGGUGAUGACGAGCUCCCGGCAGGCCGCGAGCGGCUGCAGGAAGCGGCUGCAGCAGGAGCUGCACCUGCAGCAGGAGCUGCACCUGCAGCAGGAGCUGCGCCUGCAGCAGGAGCUGCACCUGCAGCAGGAGCUGCACCUGCAGAGCUGCGGCGCCCUGAGCUCGCCCGCAGCGCCGCGCCCGCGCCGGCUGCGCCGCGCCCUGGAGCGCCCGAGGCCGCACAGCCUGGCCGGGGUGUGCCGGGAGAGCAUCCUGUGACAGCCACAGGGAUGUCACAGCCACCCUGGAGGAACCAGCACGGGCACAAACACCUGCAGUGGAUGACUCUGAGAGGAAAAGUGUCUUCCUUUGGAAUUCCACUUUUUUCCCCACAGCAGGAUGAGAACAGCUGUUUUUCUGAAUGUAAAUUUCAGCCUUGAUUUUUGCAAACUUUAAAUUGAUUUAUUAGUUAAGUCAUAACAACUGUUUUCCCAAGCAGAAAUGCAUUUAUUUCACUGUACUUACAGAAAUGCUACUGAUGCUGCACAGCAUUUCUUGAAAACCACUGCAAACCUACCAGAGACUGGCUGUACAACUUAAAAGUUGUAUUUAUUUAAUGUACCUCAAGAGUGUUUUAACUAUCGUCAGUGUUUUAAUAAAAAAGUAUUUCUGGACUUUGCCUUUUC